CACAGCGAGCGGUGCUCCAGUGUAUUGAUCGGCGCCGGUGCUCAUCCGAGCGGGCGCAGCCUCUUGAGUUUGCAAACAGCGCUCCCCUCGUCAGCACCACCUGAUUUUGGUCAAUAAGUUUUUCGGCCGUGGCUGAUGGGCGGCCGAAUGAAUUUCUUCUCCGAAUCGGAAUUUCCGCGAGUUGCGCCUUCGAAUUAACGCGGACGCAAAUAUGUUUGGCUCCAGCGCGGGCUAUUUUUAGCCGCGCGUGCAUCUGCGAGCCGCCCUCGGACCGGCUCAAACUCUCACACACAGUGCUGCGCUCUGAUCUCUCUCUCAAUCUCUUUUAAGACAUUAAAUAAACUAAAUCUGUAAAAAUGUCUCGAGGAAACAUUCAUUAUGUUGGGUCGGGCCUAUUGAUAGUAGGCGGGUGCGUUUCAGCCACCAUGAUGCUCGGCCGGAAGCAGAGCCUCCGUGGCGACGGCGGACUCGCAGACUACGGCCCCGACGAAGCGCAGGGCGAGAGCACCGAGACCGAGUGGGUCAAUAAGCUAUGGGUGCGUCGGCUGAUGCGUUUCUGCGCGCUCGUGUCGCUCUUCUCGGUGAGCCUGAACACACCGAAGACUUUCGAGCGACACCCGAGCCUUCAGUACGUGACUUUCUGCUGCGACGCGAUCGUGACGGUGCUGUUCACCGCCGAGAUGGUGGCCAAGAUGCAAAUCCGGGGCAUUCUACAGGUCCGCUCACGUAACCGGGGUCGCGGUGCCCCUCCACCCACUUGUACCUCUUUGUUAGCGCCGAGGCUCCUUUCAGGAAACAACCCCGUUGUGCGACCACCUUUACUCGCAGCAAGGGGCGAGACCCCGUACCUGAAGGACCACUGGUGCCAGUUUGACGCCAGCAUGGUCCUCUUCCACUGGGUCUCCAUCGUGCUGCAGUCGUGCGAAAUCCUGGGCGUCGUCGGCAGGUACAGCUACUUGUCCAUCCUCAGGGCGCCGCGCCCACUCAUCAUGAUCAGGUUCAUCAGGGUCUUCCUCAAGUUCUCCAUGCCCAAGUCCAGGAUCAACCAGAUUUUCAAACGGUCGAGCCAGCAGAUCUACAACGUCACCCUGUUCUUCCUCUUCUUUAUGUCCCUUUACGGCCUCCUUGGUGUACAAUUCUUUGGAGAAUUGAAAAACCACUGCGUCCUUAAUGAUACCGAUCCAAAUUACAUUACAAUUAACUCUUUGGCCAUCCCGGACACCUUUUGCUCGACGGACCCUGACUCAGGUUACCAGUGUCCACCCAAUAUGAAGUGCAUGAAACUCGGACUUUCAAAGUACACGAUGGGGUUUAACGGAUUUGAUGAGUUUGCCACAUCGAUUUUUACGGUGUAUCAAGCGGCGUCACAAGAGGGGUGGGUUUUCAUCAUGUAUCGGGCGAUCGACUCGCUGCCGGGGUGGCGCGCCGUCUUUUACUUCAGCACCAUGAUCUUUUUCCUUGCUUGGCUCGUCAAGAACGUUUUCAUUGCUGUCAUCACGGAGACGUUCAACGAGAUCAGAGUGCAGUUUCAGCAAAUGUGGGGCGCCAGGGUGCAAAUCAGCAGCAGCGCCGCCUCACACGUUUUGAGUGGCGACGACAGCGGAUGGCGUUUGGUCAAAGUGGGCGAGAGUCGUCAGCACGGUUUGGCGCCGGAUUGCUGCCAGGCGGUGCUGCGGUCAGCGUGGUUCCGGUUGCUGGUCAUGUGCGUGAUCCUGGCCAACGGGGUGGUCACCGCCACCAUGAACUUCAAGCACGACGGCCGUGCCCGCCGCGUAUUCUACGAGCGCUACUAUUACAUCGAAGUUUGCUUCACGGUUCUGCUUGACCUGGAGACCCUGUUCAAGAUCUGGUGCCUCGGCUGGCGCGGCUACUGGCGCCACUCGUACCACAAAUUUGAGUUUUUGCUCGCCAUGGGCACCACCCUACACAUCGUGCCCCACCUCUAUCUUUCCUUCCUCACAUACUUCCAGGUGCUAAGGGUCGUUAGACUGAUUAAGGCGUCGCCAAUGCUUGAGGAUUUCGUCUACAAGAUUUUCGGCCCAGGAAAGAAGCUCGGAAGUCUGAUGAUCUUCACCAUGUGCCUGCUGAUUAUUUCCUCCUCUAUUUCCAUGCAGCUUUUCUGCUUUCUGUGUGACUUUACAAAAUUCGAGAGCUUUCCUGAGGCUUUCAUGUCCAUGUUUCAAAUCCUUACACAAGAGGCGUGGGUGGAGGUGAUGGACGAGACGAUGCUGCGCACAAGGGAAACCCUGGCGCCGCUGGUGGCCAUCUACUUCAUCUUGUACCAUCUGUUUGUGACGCUGAUCGUGCUCAGCUUGUUCGUUGCUGUCAUCUUGGACAACUUGGAGCUGGACGAAGAUAUCAAGAAGUUGAAGCAGCUCAAGUUCCGCGAGCAGAGCGCUGAGAUCAAGGAGACGCUGCCCUUCCGCCUGCGCAUUUUUGAGCACUUCCCUGACUCGCCCAAAAUGUCUACCCUGCACAAACUACCCUCCGACUAUAUCUUGCCCAAGGUACGAGACAGCUUCAUGCGGCAGUUUGUGAUAGACAGCGGGCUGUACGGCGCUGAAGCGGACGACGAGGAAGACGUUGCUGACGUCACCGGCAAGAAACGACUCGAGGCUUUUGACUCCAAGAUCGUGUACCGAAAGGGCCGCCCAGUGAACACCCUGUGCUGCACUGACAAAGUGCGAAACAUCAGUUCUGAUCUGCGCAAAGCGGCCAUCCAAUAUAUUAUCAACGAUUCAAACAACCAGCGACUUAUGCUGGGCGAUUCGGCAGUUAUUCCCAUCCCAGGUAAGACCACCCUGAAGCCGCAAGGUACAAUAAGCAGUGCCAAGCAACUGAGGAUCGACCAGAAAAAGUCAUUGCGUAGGAGCGUACGGAGUGGUUCGAUCAAGUUGAAGCAAACCUACGAGCACCUUCUGGAGAACGGCGACAUCGGCGGGAUGAACAGAGUGUCGUCGUCGCGGCGGCCACAGGAUCUCGACAUCAAGUUGCUGCAGGCCAAGCGACAGCAGGCCGAGAUGCGGCGCAACCAGCGCGAGGAAGACCUCAGGGAGAACCACCCUCUCUUUGACACACCCCUCUUUGUGGUACCCCGCGAGAGCCGCUUUCGACGAAUCUGCCAAACUAUCGUCCACGCCCGUUACGACGCCAGGGUCAAGGACCCGCUCACUGGCAAAGACCGAAAGAUGAACUACAAAAGACUGCACAAUUUCCUUGGAUUGGUGACAUACUUGGAUUGGGCGAUGAUCUUUGUGACGACAUUGUCAUGCAUGUCAAUGAUGUUCGAGACGCCAAAGUUCAGGGUGCAGGAGUCUCCAGCCCUUCAAAUCGCCGAGUACGUGUUCGUCGUGUCCAUGAGUCUAGAAUUGGCCCUGAAGGUGCUGGCCGACGGCCUCUUUUUCACACCCAAAGCCUACGUCAAGGACUGCGCCACCGUGCUCGACAUUUUCAUUUACAUCGUGAGCCUGGUGUUCUUGUCGUGGAUGCCGCGUAAGGUGCCGCCGCACUCGGCGGCGCAGCUGCUGAUGAUCUUGCGCUGUCUGCGUCCGUUGCGGAUCUUCACGCUGGUGCCGCACAUGCGCAAGGUGGUGUACGAGUUGUGCCGCGGCUUCAAGGAAAUCCUGCUCGUAUCCAUCCUGCUCAUCGUGCUCAUGUUCGUGUUCGCAAGCUACGGUGUCCAGCUUUUCGGCGGCCGACUCGCGCGUUGCAACGACCCCAGCAUUGAGCGCCGCGAAGACUGCGUCGGCGUCUUCCUCCGCAGGGUCUUCGUAACCAAGAUGAAACUCGGCCCUGGCGAGAAUGAGACUUACCCCUCCAUGCUUGCCCCCAGAGUCUGGGCAAACCCAAGACGGUUCAAUUUUGACAACAUUGGCGACGCGAUGCUCGCCCUUUUUGAGGUUUUGUCUUUCAAGGGGUGGCUCGACGUGAGAGACGUUCUGAUCAAAGCUCUCGGCCCGGUGCAUGCGAUUUACAUCCACAUUUACAUUUUCCUCGGCUGCAUGAUCGGGCUGACCCUUUUCGUGGGCGUGGUGAUCGCCAACUACUCGGAGAACAAGGGCACGGCCCUUCUGACCGUCGACCAGCGCCGAUGGUGCGAUUUGAAGAAGAGAUUGAAAAUCGCGCAGCCACUCCACCUGCCACCGCGGCCAGACAGAAAAAAAUUCAGGGCCUUCAUUUACGACAUAACGCAGAACCUUUACUUCAAAAGGUUCAUCGCCGGAAUGGUCCUUCUCAACAGCAGCCUUCUCUGUGUCUCGUGGAAGCAAGAGGAGCGACAUACAGGCCCCUUGGCGAUGGUGUCAACCGUGCUGACUCUGAUCUUCGUCGUGGAGGUCUUGAUGAAAAUAAUCGCCUUCACGCCGCACGGCUACUGGCAGUCGCGACGAAACCGCUACGACCUCUUUGUCACCGUCAUGGGCGUCCUCUGGAUCGUCCUUAACUCGUGGCUCCGGAACGACGUGAGCUACAGCUUCGGGUUCAUGGUGGUGAUCCUGCGUUUCUUCACCAUCACGGGCAAGCACGCCACCCUGAAAAUGCUGAUGUUGACGGUCGGCGUGUCCGUCUACAAGUCCUUCUUCAUUAUUUUUGGAAUGUUUCUGCUCGUCUUUUUCUACGCGCUCGCCGGCACCAUCCUCUUUGGCACCGUCAAGUACGGCGAGGCCAUCGGACGGCGGGCGAAUUUUGAGAGCCCGGUGACAGGGGUGGCGAUGUUGUUUCGCAUCGUAACCGGCGAGGACUGGAACAAGAUCAUGCACGACUGCAUGGUGCAGCCGCCCUAUUGCACCCUAGCGGACAAUUACUGGCAGACCGACUGCGGCAACUUCACCGCCUCGCUCGUCUACUUCUGCUCCUUCUACGUCAUCAUCACCUACAUCAUGCUCAACCUACUUGUGGCUAUUAUCAUGGAGAACUUUUCCUUAUUCUACUCAAAUGAAGAAGACGCCUUGCUUUCCUACGCCGACAUCCGCAACUUCCAGAACACGUGGAACAUCGUGGAUAUCCACCAGCGUGGUCUGAUCCCGGUAAAGCGAGUCAAGUUCAUUUUGCGGCUGUUGAAGGGUCGUCUCGAGGUGGAUCCGCAGAAAGACAGAUUGCUCUUCAAGCACAUGUGCUACGAACUUGAUCGUCUGCACAACGGCGAGGACGUCACAUUCCACGACGUAUUAAAUAUGCUUUCGUAUCGGUCGGUUGACAUCAGGAAGGCGCUGCAGCUGGAGGAACUAUUGGCGCGCGAGGAAUUCGAAUACAUUGUGGAGGAAGAAGUGGCCAAGCAGACCAUCCGCACCUGGCUCGAGGGCUGCCUCAAGAAAAUGCGAUCAGUGAAUAAAAACCAACCAAACCUGUUGAGCGGCCUGAGGGCGACGCACCAAAGGACUGAGGCUGAGAGCCAGGAGGAGAAAAGCACUGACAACACUACUGACGCCGACGUUGAGCCGGCGGCCAGGGAAGGUCACGAAAGACACCGGAAGAAGGGGACAGUGAUUCCGCGGUCGGAUUCGGUUGGUUCCGGUUCUGGCCGCAAAUAUCUGGCGCCCACUUUGUCUGACCCCCAGUCCAGGGCUGAAAAGAGUGAAGCACGGAAUACCGCAUCCAUCAAGAAAAAGUCGAUCAGGGCGACAGGAAACGCAGGAAAGACGCAGAGUAUGGAGACGAGCAGCAGCGGCGGCCACCCGCCCAGCUCGACUUCGAGCAGCAACAAAGUGGACGCCAGCGGCUUCAACAAGGCGACCAUGCCACGCAUCAGCAACGCCAUGCAAGAGGUGCGCGACUGGUGGAGCGAGCAGCUCGCUUACGACAGCGGAUCCGAAGAUGGCCUUUGACUUAACAUUUAAAAGAAAGAAAUGAAACCAGAGCUGUGUUUUAAGCUUAAAAUCGAAAUAUGAUAGAACCAGUGUAAUUUUAUUAGAGAAUCAUAUUUACUGUGCCGGUUGGCAGAUUUAGUGCUGUUGAUGU